CAUGAAAAAAGAUUAGCAACACACGAUAAACAAUUGGAAAGAUUGAGAGAGAAAGUGAAAGGGACAGAAGAGAGAGAGGGAUGAGCGGCGGGGAAAGAAGUUAUUGAAGAGGUGAAUGUAGGAGAAGAUGCCAUGAAGUCUGUAUUCUCACACAUCUGCAAGAACACAAAUUAAAAGAAUACAAACGACGGAAGAGUGUCUGUAACACGUGAAAAUCUCACUAGCACAGAGAAGUUCAUGCACACAGUCAGAAAAGAUGCAACACAGAAUGAUGAAGCAGUGCCGAGGUUAGAGUCAUCUGCAAUUGACAAGAUCGGAGGAGACUGUGAAGUGAGAGUCAGCACAACAAGUCAACAUAUGAUAACAGGAGAGCAAAAUAAGGCAAAGACGAACCUCGAUAGAGUAGAAACAAAUGAACAGCUGACGUUGCCGGCUUCGAAUCUUCCGGGAGGCUCGGCUGACAUUGCUGUAGAUGACAAGUCAACAGUUGAGAACAUGGAGAUAUUGUCAGAACACGAAGGAAAGACAUCAGGGGGAAGUAACCCAGAGAGACCGCAAGAGUGUGAAGGUCAUAUGAUAACAGAAGAGCGAAAUGAGGCAAAAACGAACCUCAAUGGAGUGAAAACAAAUGAACAGCCGAUGUUGAUGGUGGAAUGUGAACUGCGUAUGAGAAUUGAAGUCGACCAUGGAGAGACAGAUUGUGCAAGACUUGCUCUACAACCGGCUUCGAAUCUUCCGGGAGGCUCGACUGACAUUGUUGUGGAGGACAAGACAACAGUUGAGAAGAUGGAGAUAUUGCCAGAACACGAAGGAAAGAUAUCAGGGGGAAGUAACCCAGAGAGGCCGCAAGAGUUUGAAGAGUACGAAGACGAGCAGCUGGAGCAAAAAGAAGCAAAUACGAAAAAGGACGAUUCAGAGGACGAGAACAACAGAGACAACGACGAUUUUGGUGAACGUGAAUCGAAUGAAGACGAGGAUGAUGAUAAUGAAUACGUUCGUGAACAGGAUGACGAGAACGACGCACACUUCACAAACGAGAAAGCAAUAGUUAUGCGAGGACGCAAAAAACGGGAUGCGUCGAAGAAAAGCAAGCCGAACAACUGCAUUAGUGACAACAUCCACACGUUAUACGCGCACUCCAAAAUAGUGAAGCAAUUGAUGCGUUGCGUAGCGAAAGGCUUUUAUUUAUCCCGAGCCAAGGAUGCAGAGAUGUAUCCGCUUGUCGACACGUAUCUCGAAUCCUUCAGGGUUCUCAUCGAAUCUCUGAACCCGGACACUCGAUUUAUCGUAGAUCAGUCGAUGAAGAGUACAACACCGACAAGGGAGCUGACGAACAUCAGAGGAGAGAUCGCUUACGACAUUGUCCGGGCUUUUAGGAGCGUCGCGGGGCUGCCUUAUCCAUGCGGAACUAUAAGGGAUCGUUUUGAAAAGGAGCGAGAGGAGAUGAGGACAAAAAUGCUCGAACAAUCAUCGUGGAGAGUGAAAGGCGAAGAGCCGUGGGGCGCAACAGAGUUUAAGAAUGUUGUGCGAGACGUUUUAUACAUAGAUUGGAAUGAAGCAGGUCGAAAUGGUUGCAGUCUCCAACAACUCGCAUUCGCUCAUAUGGUGUUAGAGUGUCACAUCAUCAACAAAAGUCGACCCGCACGCACGGCAGCAGCGAGCAAGGAAAUGCAAAGAAUAUAAGAAGUCAUCGUGUCAACUUGCAAUAUCGGUAUCGGAAAAGUGACUAUAAAUGUGAUCUCUCUCGAUCGUGAUAAAACCGUAGUGAAGAG